AUGCCCGCUUCUCGCCACCUUCCCCAUCCCCCGGGAGACGUGCAGUCCUACAACCGCGCCCUCGUCCACUUCAACAGAGGCUGCCGCGCCGUCCUUCUCGACACCCUCAGGCGCGUCUACUACCGCUGGUCCAAGGCCGCCACCACCCCCGUCAUCACGGUUCAAGACGAGCCCACGCCGCGCCCGCACCCUCAGCCUCACCCACUUCCACCUCGUCCUGCCCCACUCUUGACAAACAGCAAGAACAACCCCAACCUGAUCCCACUGGGAAACAAGAACCGAAACUACAACGCGUCCGCUUCGCCACCCAGCACCUCGUCGACCUCCUCCUCGUCGGCACUCGGCAAGAACGCCAACAAGACCGGUGGUAUCAGGGCGCCGCAACCUCGCAGAAUCACCCCAAACGCCGUUCCCGUCGUCGCGCUCGUCCCGGCGCCUGACCUCGACCACCUCGUCUACAUCCGCACAGUCGUGAUUCGGACGCUUGCCCGCUGCCACAGGCACGCGCGCACCGUCGAGCUGUACGCGCACAAGGGCAACCAGCCAGUCAAGCCGCCGAGGUGGCGUAGGCUCCAGGCUAGGAUGGGCCGCUUGGCCCGUACGACCGGUCUCCUCGCCCGUGAGCUUGACAACAUGGGAUGA